AUGCUCACAGCUCACAGCUCACACCAUCACACACGCUGACACACGCUCGCGCAACUGCUCGCUCCGGCGUGCUACGCCGUGCUGUGUCCUCGUCUUUCCGCGAUCGAUGGUUAUGUUCGUGGGGUUAUGCGUUGCGAACGAUGACAAUGAUUGCGGUUAUUUGGUAUAAUUGACUUCACUACGACCGAUCAUGUGCUGACUACAAAAGGAAAAAAGGCAAUGCCUCUCGUGUGAUUCUUUUUAGCGGUGGCGGAGAACGGAAAAAACCAGAGGUCGGAGCACGAGGUGUUACGCAGUUAACGUCACAAGUCCGCGACUCGUCUGUACUCUCGAGGAAUUGUAAAUGAGACGACGGAUGAAUUGAUCGUGUUCCGUGCGAGGAAUUCGUAACGUAGCGGCAUCGAGAACGAACGAUGUAUAUGUGGAAGCUGACCGGUCACGCUCUCAGGAGAUUCAGUCCCGGUUGCGGUAGCAACAGCAGCAAUGGUAGGUUAGCUCUCGUCCUGCAGCACUGUCGUCCGAGGACGCAAGGUCGUGGCACGCUGCUCAGCAACUAUCGCAGAAGGAUAAGUUCGUGGUUUCGAGAACAAGGCACGCAGGUGGCCCAGGCCUGCAAGAGGCAGUUCGAGUUUGUGGCGGCGCAGCGGAUCAGAAGGUGCAUCCAAGUGUUUCACCUCUACACGAGGAUAUGGGAUGAGGUAGCACUAAGGGAAUUCAUGCGGCUGUGGAGGCUUAGACUCGCCAAGAACGCCAAGAACUUCCUGGUCAGCGCAGCUGGUAUCAGCGUGUACAACUGGGACCGCGACAGAAUAAGCGAUGAAGAAAUUAAUAGGUACAAUCGUGAGAUUGAAGGAAUUUAUAGAUUAAGAGACUCCACAGUGGUUUGCACAAAAUGCCAUUUGCGAAUUAUUAUUGACACUGUACAGCCUGAUGUAAAAUAUUGUAAAUGUGUUCAAUCCUCUGCUGAUUCUAAUGAAAAUUCAGAUGGCUGGCAACCUUUCAUUGAACGUCAGGAUAUGUUGAUAUGGAGGAAAAUAGAGCCUGAUUCAGGUGGACUAUUUGCCUAUAAAGUAUACGGCUCAUUUUCCGAUGUUACCGCUGAAGAUUUUCUGCAAGUACAAAUUGAUGUAAAUUAUAGGAAACAAUGGGAUCCCACUGCUCAAGAAUUACAGAUUAUCGAGACUGAUCCAAAGUCUGAAUCAGCCGUUAAUCAUAGCACUGAUGUUAUCCAUUGGGAAAUGAUUUGGCCUAAAUUAUUUUCAAAUAGAGAUUAUGUAUAUCAACGUCGAUGGAUUGUGGACAAAGAGAAGGGACUUGUAGUCAUUGUCAGUCGAGUGACGGAACAUCCUGAUGUGCCAGAAAGACGGGGAAUUUAUAGAGUAAAGACAUAUUGGUCAUACAUGGUGAUAAAGCCCUACACAGAUUUCCAUGAGCCAGGCAUUGAAUUUGGACUUACUUACUUUGACGAUCCUGGUGUUUCUGUACCAUCUGCUGUCACAGCAUGGGUAGCAUUGAGAGGCUUGCCAGACUUUCUAAUUCGUAUGAGACAGGCCUCAAAGGAUUACCAAAAUUAUAAACUGAUGAAAAAGAAUACAUCUGACAGUAAUCUUACUUUAUCUGAAGAGGGCGUUUCCAAAGAGCAAAUCAAAGUCGAUGUAGAAGAUAAGUUAGAGAGCGAUAAAAAAUCGAUGAGAGACUAUAAAAAUCAACAGGACGAUUCUACUAACGGUACUAACAAACUAGAUGUAACGCAUGUACAGCAAGAAACUGACUUGGCGGAAAUUGAAAAUAAGGAUACCACUGAUGCAUCUAAAAAAGAGCAAGGUUUAUUGCAUUAUUUCUAUCUUACGAAAUUAUUUGCUUUUUUGGAUUUCUGACAAAUGGAUUUAACGCAGUAACUUUUAACUAGUAGAUGUUUUAACGUGAUUUCGCAUGGAGGAAACAAUAAUCUGCAGAUAAAGCUAUUGAACAUAUUCAUGGAUGACAUUGUGGAACAAGCGACAUUUUAUUAACGUAUAUUGGAUAAUAUAAUUUCACACAUACAUAGAUAAUAAGAAUGAAUUUGUGAAUAUGAUAACUUACCUUCUUUUUUUAAAAAGUAUGGUUUUCAUCUUUUAUAUAAAAAGAGAAACAAAAAUACUAUACAAGAAGUGAGACUGAUUAGGUAUGUCAUCGCCUUUAGUCCAUUUACUCAUCGAAAAUUUGCAUCAUGUGUUGUAAGAUAAUUAACAAAAGCAAGCAGAAUACAGUCUGAUUUUUAGAUUAUGAAAACGUGAUAUGUCGAGAGCUCUGCUUAAAUCUGAUAUAAUUUAUGUAGUAUAAACGUAUUUGUACAAAGCAAACUGAAUUCAUCAUAUUAAAUGCAAUAUGAGAUAUAUAAGAUAUAUCUGUAUAUUAUUUAACUCGCUGUGUUUAUGUUACAAACUUAUUAACAAAAAUUUCAGUAUCUCUCU